CCCCACUGAAGGGGUAGAGACUGAGGAGCAGCUUACUGCAGCUGUACUGAUGGCUGCCACACCCACUGUUAGAGAGUCAACUGGUUGGCCAACACUACCUGUACAUGUUGGGACUACUGCACAAUCACAUCCCCCAUCUGGUUCGCCAGCCUCACCAUUAAAGGGAACUCUUGCUAGUGUGGUGCAUUCAAGUUCAGUAGAAGUUUCAUCUGGGUUUCCUUCACAGAGUGGUGUAGGGAAAGAUCUCCCUAGUCCUCUGUCAGAACACAGAGGAACCAGGGCUCUCAUACCCUCAGUUCUCAAGCCAGCCACUGCUGGGCUGGGUCAGCCACUAGUUCUAACUACUAGUUUAUCAGGAUUAUCGGACAUUCCAGCUGAUCUUGAGACACCAAGCUCUCUGGUGCUGGAAGAGACCUCUCCUGAGGCCUCUUCAGAACACUCCAUUCUCCCUGGAGUCCCUCAUAGUCUAGUAACUAGCGCUAACACUUUCACUGAUGCUGCAGUCAGUGAUAUGAUUCAGCUGACUGGAGGUGUUACAGAGGGUCCCCCUUCAAUUGCAGCUAGAGUUGGCCUUUCCUUAGCCACACAUCCCCUUGAUCAUCUCAAACUUGAUGCAGAGACUGCCAGCACUUCCUCUACAGAGAGAAUCCUGCCAAUGGGACAGCUGGGUCAUAGACUGAAAGAGCACACUACUGAAAUGGCAUGUGCUGGCUCUGAUUCCACUAGUUGUCCAACCUGGGUGUCUACUGACCUUAAUACAGCUGUGGAACAAAAAGGUUCUCCUAGCCUUGCUAUUACACAUGCUCCUGCCAAUCUAACAAUAGUUUCUCCCUCUCGGGAAUCGAUGAGAGGUGUCUCCUCCAAGCCAGACACUCCAGUUGCUGGUACCAGUCAGGCUUUGACCUACUCCACAGUCCUGACUAGUGUGAAGAGUAUUGCAGGCUUCCUGCACGAAGACACUGCAGCCUAUUCUCUAUCCCAUAUGCUGCCUAUUAGCAAAGGCCCUAGAACUCAGUCCAGUAUUUCUGCUUGCUGCCCUGAGACAUCCCCUAGUGUCUCAGGAGCCAGUACAGCUGCAAACAUCACUAGUGCCACCCUCUACAGGGAAUUCACUAAAACAGUGAAGUUCCUUGAUAAAGAGCAGAUGCCAGCAACUGCUGAAGUAGUGGCUAAAACGCCUACUGGUACCUCAGACCUCCCACUCAGAGCUUCAAGUGAUGCUCCUACUACAGAGCUGCUGUCCAGUUCAAGUUCAACAAGGCCACAAGCUCAACCAGCACGUAAGCAUUAUUCACUCCGUAGACCAGGAAUGAGAAGAAGGCUGUCCACCCCAGCUGACUCAGUCUUAUCCCACUCAACCACAUCUCUGCCUAGUGGGACAGACAUCCAGCCAAGGCCAAAGGUGCACACUUCUCCACAGAAUAAGACCUUCCCUAUGUUGCCCACUAAAACAAGUAGUGAUACAAGUGUCAUAAUGGAGACAGAUGCAAAUGUCACCCAUUCCACUCCCUGGUACCUAAACAGAACAGGGCUAGCAUUGCUUGCUGGCUCAACCCCUAUUGGAAUUGAACAUACUCCAGUGCCUAUAACAGCAGCACGUGUCCCAGUAGCCUCCACUACAGCUGCAUCAUCCAAAUGGAAGCCCAUAUCAGCAACUCUGGGAGAGCACAAAAUCCCAAGUGUGUCUACAAAGGCUGCAAACUUCAGUGGGUUGGCCUCUGAGUCUCCAAUCACUGCUAUGGCACCUGCUGUUGGGUUGACCUCCACAAGCAUAGCUGUGUCCAAGGCUACACCAGUCAAAAACAGAACAGCUGCUCCAUUGCCAUCACCUCCAGCACAAAGUACAACUACACUACUUGCUAGUAUAAACCUUACACAGUCUUCUGGGCCCAAAGCUCCCAUUUUCCAGUCCCUCACUGAAGCCAAACCUAGUGUGAUGACUUCCCUUCGUAGUACCCCCAGCAUUUCACCCACAAUAAAGACCACUGCCCUGCUGACUAGUGCCAGAACUUCAACCACAGCAGGCCUGCAGCUUCCUACUGUACCAAAGCCAACUAGGCUGCUGCCUUGGAACAAAACCACUGUAUCACCAUUGCUUAUACCUCCAACCUUAUCCACCCACUUGCUGCUAAUCUCCCAACACCUUUCAACAGCUAAAACAGACCUUAGUGUAUUAAUUAGGACAAUGGCUGCAAAAAAGAACUUAACCACAGCUGCAGUGACUGCCAGGCAGGUGGCUACAAUUAAAACUGGUAUCACUUCAAAGCCGAUUCUGCCUGAAUCGAAGGUUCCAACACUGAGCUUCUCCCCAGAGGGAAAGACUGAGUCUGCACGUAGACCUACAUCACCUUCACUGCAGUUGCCUGUGCAUAUCCUACCUCUGCAGUUCUGUCUCAUUAGAAUCGCUUACACAGAACUCCUGAAGAACAAGUCUUCUGAUGAUUACAAGAAGCUAGAGAAGGAAGUGACGUUAACUCUAAACAAGAUGUUAUCCAGCUAUAAGAACUUUCUCAAAGCAAACAUUCUCCAGUUUCUGAACGGCUCCGUCAUUGUUGAGAGUGAGGUUCUAUUCCAGAGAGAUGGCCCUGCUCCCACAAACUCUGACCUCAUCCGUACAGUUGUCACAGAAGUGGAAAGGAAAAUGGACACCUUUUUUGUCUGGAGAGUAGAUAUCAAGUCUGUCAGGUCAAAUGGUUUCAGCCUUGAGAAUCUAGAACCAGAAAAGCUGUUGGUCUCAUUCACUGCUCUGAGACUUGGCUCGAUUGCAGCAUUCGGUGGUGUGGGUAGCCAGGGCCCUCUGGACCGACUAAACAAUAUGGUGGUUCAGUCUCUGGGGGCCCUGUACAAAGUGAGGAACUUCUCCUUUGUCAGACUCAGGGAUAUCAAAGGUGACCUGGAAAUCAAUGGUGAAGCCUACAUUGACACACAUGCCCAUGCUGAUGUCCACCAGGUUCUGCAAGCACUGAGGGGUCUUGUUAACUACUCUGUAGACUUGACAUCUCUCUCUGUGGAUGAUUCAAGGCUUAGCUUGCAGGUUUUCCCCAUUUCCUUCCUGAUCAACAACAGGGCAGUCAAUGAGAAACUGUUGGAUCACUCUUCUGUGGAACACCAGAACCUCACCAGGGACCUUGCUGAUGUGCUGAUGCAUGCCCUGAAGAAAUACCAAGGCCUCCUGCAAGUGGUAAUUCGAGACCUCCUGUGAGUAAACACUCUACUUCUGUGUAGGCUGGAAGGCCUCUUGUCUGCCUCCUACAAGAUACAUUGAUCCCCCUGGUGCCCCAGAAGUCUAUCUGUAUAGGAUAUACCCUACUAAGGUAGUGACUGGGAAGAUGCCAGCUGAAAGUGGCUGACUAAAGCAUUUAUUUGUGGCGCCUGUUUCUACAUCCAUUAUUGAGACUCCCACCCUACA